GUCCAAAAUGAAAAGAGCAGGCAAAGUCUACAAGGUGAUGAGGUUGAGGCCCAAGUAACAGGGUUGGAGCGAGAAAUAGUAAAUGGGAUGAAUUUGACGAAGAAUACCCAAGUGAUAGUACCUGUGACCUCUGGAUUGGACCCAAUGCGACAUCGGGCAAUCAAAAUCAUCGAGGACCCAACCACUUCAAAUCCGACUGAGGAUUCAGCCCAGGUUUGGAACCAUUUAUUACCUGAUCAAUAUCAUGGCCCUUUUUUUAACUUAAAUUUGCAUGAGUGGUUGAUGCAUAAUUUAAUCAACAAGAUGCAUGUGAAUGUUGAGGGGUGGGAAACAUUAUUUGGUGUCACUGCUUGGAGAAUAUGGAGUGGCCGAAAUGAGGCAUUACUUGCGGAUAAAGAAUUUGUGGUCCCACAGAAAGUUCGAGAAGUUGACAAAAUAGUUAACAACAUUGAUGCGGCU